ACCAAUCGGUAUCAGUGUAAUGAGACGGGAUGUGGAAAGACUUUCUCGAGACCAUCUUCUUUGAAGAUUCAUUCUUAUUCACAUACAGGACAGAAACCGUUUAAGUGUUUUAGAUGUGAUCGAGCGUUUUCGGUUCAAAGUAAUUUAAAACGUCAU